GAAAAGCAGAGAUAGAUCAUAAUAUGAUGGCUUGGUGUUCAAGGGAGGUAAAAAAUAGAAGACCCUACAUGAUAAGGUGUAGCAGGAGAAGGUUCUCAAAACAAACAAAAAGCACUUGGUGGGCUCAGUGCCCUACAAAUUGGACCUGCAAUCGGCCAAAGGUAGGUACCAAAACCAACCAACCCAAACCACUCCAUAAUAUCCCCCCUUCUGUCUGCCUUCCUCUCACCAAACUUGGAUUCCUCAUAUGUGAAAUCAUUCAGUCUUGCUAACAAAGCCAACACUACCUGAUAUAUCAAAUGCACUUGCACUUCAUUUCUUUCAUUCCAUAAGCACCCUUCUCUCUCUUUCCCUCCUACAUCACACUGUACCUUUUCUCCUCUAUUCCAUUAAUGAGGCGAUGAGGGACCGCCGUAUGGAGAGGUUUGUCAUCCUUCCAUUCUCCGUGGGCUGCGUUUCUCAGUCGAGCGUCGCAGUUUGCGAAAACCAACCAAAGAAAGCACAACAAGAGCCAGUUCCACCGCAGCCAUGUGGAGAAGGUGAAAGCCAAUCCAGUGGGAAGACGAAGGGCUCAUUUGGGCUUCCCCCACUUCCUAGGCCUAGCAUCUCUGCAGGGUUCCAAAAGCUGAUCAAAAGCUUCAAGAACUUAUCUCAAUUGUUUGUAAUUUUCAAAGAGGAUGCUGAGGAGAUAGAGAUGGAGAUUGGAUUCCCGACGGAUGUGAAGCAUGUGGCCCAUAUUGGAUGGGAUGGAUUCAACAAUGUUAGCAGCAUGAAGAGCUGGGAUAAAGCUCCAGAUUUCCUCUCUAUACCCUCCCUUUCAUUGAGGCAGUUUGAGCUGGCCAUGGAAGCCCAGACUGGUGCUCCCCCACCCCAUGGUCCCCUUGGGCAGCGACCAUAGUGAGGUGGGAUUGAAGUUGAUGGUGACCAACUGCAUAUCUUACUACUUGUGAUGGUCUCUCAGGACGUUUUAGGCUCGUUAAUUCAAGAUAAGUUCUGUGUCAUCCUACUCACUUCAUUUAUGGUUGAAAUAGCGUAUGAUCAAUUGCAUUGUUCGUCUUCUUUUUUUUGUUUUCAUUUUAUGAGAUAUUUUGUAAUUUGAGUGAAACUUUAGAUACGUCUGGUUUUAGAUGCCAUUGGAUUUGUUGCUAUCUUGUGGGUCUAAACGUUUGUCAAGAUGCGUUUUGCUCGAUGUCUCAGCUUUUUCAUUUUUUCAUAUAAUUAAAUUGCAUGUAGUUCUGCAAUAUGGAUUUA